AUGGAAAUAAGCAUUUGCAAAGUCUAUUUUGCAAGCAAACCGAUAAGGUUUUCUGCACGCCGCGAAAGCUGUAGUUAAAUAGAACUUUGGUGGAACGAAAUAUUUAUUGAGUCUUCUAAGGUCAUGUAUCAGUCUAAAAGACCCAUCUUUCUUAGAGGCCUCUGGAAACUCCUUGACGACAUUAGGUUAUUAGAGGUAGUCCGAAUGUUUCAGGUGUUCUUCGAUCUCAAAAGAGAUCCCCUCUGUAAUAAAUCUGUUAUAAGUUGCGUUAGAGUGGAGCUAAGCAAACUUGUCAAUGUUCAGUGA